AUGCUCAAUAAACUAAUUUUGUGGUUUAAGAAUCUCAGAAUGAGUAACUAGAUAAUAAUAGUUAACCUGUUAAUAAUAAUACUUGCCGUUUUACUUGUCAUGACAACAGGACAUAUACAAUAAGCGAUAUUCUUUUCUUACAUUCAAGACGUGGAACAAGAACUAACUUUAAAAUAAGAGAAGAACCUUGUAAAUAAUAUCUCAAGAGAAUUACGUCUUUACAUUCAAUAGAAAAAUUAUCAGAGUAUAAAUUGUGGCAAUUAUAAUUAGCAAUUUUAAAUCUAUGGCAUUCGUAAUAAAUGUUUUAUUAAUUGAUAUAGAAGCAAUCCUAGUACCAAAUCAAAGUGAAUUAAUUUUAAGAUUGUGUUGAAUAAGAAGAGAUUAGCGAGGAUAAUAUAAUUUAUAAUUCAGACAUCUUUUGUUAAGGACUAUACACAAAACAAUAUGACAGUCAAGCAAUUUUACUCAAUUAAACCAUUUCCUUAUUGAUUCCAUUCUCCUAAGUGUUUCUAGGGGAUGAAUAAAAUAAGAUAUCAUUUAUUGAUGUACCAAAAAAUUAAAUAUUCGCACAAUAUCCUAGAAUGUAUAAAUACAAAAAUUAUGACCCAAGUACUAGACCUUGGUAACAUUGAAAUAAUAUUUAGGUAUAUGAACCAUAUUGCCCAAUAUGAGAUUAAUCCCAAUUCAGAAUAUUUUUACUCUCCAAUCUACAUAUCAGUACGAAGUUUCAUGCCGUAUUUUUCAUUGACAUAUUCCUUGAUUAUUAAUUCAACCUUAUUUGGGAUUACCUCUUAACUCUAGGAAAUUUAUGACAAAAAUAUCCAGAGUAUACCAAUGAGUAUAUUUUUGGUCAAUUAAAAUGGAGAUAUUAUUCUGACAACUAUGCCAUCCAUAUCAAAAACUAAUAUGCUUAUUACAAUUACUAAUGAAACAUAUACAGGAUUUAAUUAGUCAGAUUGGGACUUAGUGUAAAAGAAUUCCAAGUAGAAACAUGCAGUAGAAACUUAUUUUUAUCUUGAGAAUAAAAUUUUUAAGAAACCUGUCUUUGUAAAUGCUUUUAACUUUGCAAAGGAGAACCUAACUUUAAUUGUGUAAGAUGAUCAAAGUAUUUUUAAGUUUCAAAAAUAUGAGUUAUGAAAUAGAAAUUGGUGAGAAAUUGUAAGGUCUGGUUGACACAAUUAAGAAGAGUAUGAUCAAAGAGGUGUAAAUAUAUGUUGGAGUAUGCAUAUUCUUACUACUUUUAACCACUAGUUUAAUAAGAUACAUAUCAGCUCCAUUAUUAAACUUGAUAUAAGUUAUUAAUGUCCACGUUAAGAAAAUAGGAAACAAUUUGAAUUCAGAAAUAUUUAAAAUGGCAAUAAAAAGUAGAAAGUAAACAGAUCCGUAUACUUCGCUUGCAUGUUCAUUCCUAGGUUUAAAGGAUCUAUAAACAAGAGGAUCAGAAAGUAAAAAUUAAAUUUGUAAAUCUAUUGAUGAAAUUAAAUACAGUUUUUAAUACUAAGAAACUGAUUGCAGCAAAAUCAAAGAAUCAAUCCUGCUUCUCCAUAACUAUGAAGCCUCAGAAUACCUCAAUAAGCAUCACUCAUUCCAACAACCACUUACCUUAAGAAAACUAUCAUAAGAUUAAUGUGUUACUACUGAUGACGAAACAUCUCACAGAUUGAUCCUUAUCAAAUAGAUAUUCUAGGAACUCUUUUAAAAACAACGCCUAAUUUGA